CUGCAGAAGAAGAAGGAAGGAAGUGAAGUUAUGUUGUGUUCAAAUCGCAUGUGUUGAAAGUGUCUCUUGCAGUCAGGACGGGUAUUUAAUGUAAUACGGUUUCUUCAGGGAGUCCGCAGAAACGUGGAAAUGGACGAAAGACUUGUUCGAGCCCCGAUUCCUCGGGAACUGGUGAAGGUUCUUGGUGUUGAGUCUCAGACCCCCUCUAAAGCGGGGGCCUUCACCCGGGCAUUCCUGAAGAACAGCAUUCUGCCGAACACACAACAGGAUGUACAGGGCAUAUUGAGUCACAAGGCGCUGAUACUGGGCUACGCCACGUCCAAGAAGGACAAGUCCAAGAGGAGCAGCAAGAAAGCCAAAGGACUCAACGCUCGGCAGAAGAGGGCGAUGAAGAUCUUCCAGAUCAAACCUGAGCACCAGAGAUACGAGCUUUUCCUGCCUCUGCAUGAACACUGGAAACAGUACAUCACUGACCUGUGUGGUGGAUUUAAACCAACAAGCACUCCACAGUUUGUGCAACAGAAGCUCCUGAAGGCAGACUUCCAUGGUGCCAUCCUCACAGUGGUCCGGUCUAAGUGCCCAUCAUAUGUCGGGACUACAGGGAUUCUGGUCCAGGAGUUGAAACAUGUUUUCAAUUUCAUCACCAAAGAAAACAGACUGAAAAUGAUCCCCAAGAGGAACAGUGUGUUUUCAGUGGAGACCAACGGCUUCGUCUCCUACAUCUAUGGAAGCAAGUUUGAGCAGCGAGCCAGCGAACGCUCGGCCAAGAAGUUUAAAGUCAGAGGAACCAUCGACUUGUGAUGCAUUGCUACAGGAUGUAGUGCAGCUCAACAGGAGAGACAUUACAGACUUCCACUGCCCUCCGUUGGCAGUCAGAAGGAACUGCAGCAACAGUGGCCAAUGUGCAGCAGGUGUGCUGUGGUCAUUUGCUGUCUGUGGGACCAUAAAUCUCCAUCUGACGAAUUAUUUUUUUAUUUAUUUUUGGUUCAGUUUUCACCUCGUUGAAUAUGGAUGCCUUUGACAUAUAGGUAUUGCCUUGUUUUAAAGGGGAACUCCACCAAUUUUGCACACUCUGAAUCUGUUUACUUGUCAUGAGGAGUGCUAAACAGCUCGUAAAAACAGUCAUACAAUGUCCUGUAUGUCAGGAUGAUGUCAUCAGUUUGGGCUUGGAAACUACACAUUUAUAGGGAUGUCAAGGCCUCAAUUAAAAAUCCAGUUCCUUUAAUCUGCAGACUCAGAGUCCAGUUUAGAUAUUUAUAUGAACUUUGAUGUUGAUUAAUUACAUAUCUGACACAAUGACAGCUGUACUGAA